AUGCAAAUAUAUUAUUCUAUUACAUAUCUCUUACUGAUCCUUUCUGCCACGUUAGCUUGGUCUCCAAGUAAUGGGUACGUCCCUGAGAUGGUCCCAUGUGCCUCCAAUAUCUCUCUUGUUCGAAACGCUUCUUCACUUUCUCCCAAUGAAACUGCUUGGCUUCGGAAAAGAAAUGAAAUCGUUAGACCAAACCUAUACACUUUUUUAAAAAAUUCUACUUCCAAUUUUACCAAUUCUUCGAUCUUCUCAGAUUUAUUCACUUUACUAACUUCGAACUCUUCCAGCGGUCUUCGUAAUUCCACUUUAAAACAACCCCGGAUAGCUAUUGCUGCUUCAGGAGGUGGGUACCGUGCGAUGUUUGUUGGUGCAGGUAUGAUCGCUGCUAUGGAUAAUAGAACUAAUGGUUCAAUUGAACACGGUCUAGGUGGUCUUCUUCAAAGUUCUACGUAUCUUGCCGGCCUUUCAGGUGGAUCUUGGCUUGUCGGCACUUUAGCAUGGAAUAAUUGGACCUCAGUACAAGAUAUUGUCAAUAAUUUCACUAAGGAUGAUUCCAUUUGGGACCUAAGCAAUUCCAUUGUUAAUCCUGGUGGAGUUAAUAUCUUUAAAACUUCUAAAACUUGGGACGAUAUUUCUGAUGCUGUUCAUGACAAACAAGAUGCAGGUUUCAACAUCUCUCUAACAGAUGUUUGGGGUAGAGCUCUUUCUUACAAUUUCUUCCCUUCGUUAUAUCACGGUGGUGAGGGAUACACUUGGUCUACAAUCAGAGAUGCUCAAGUAUUCCAAGAUGCUCAAAUGCCCUUCCCGGUUGUUGUAUCUGAUGGUAGAUAUCCAGGCACUUUUAUUAUCAAUUCCAAUGCAACUGUAUUUGAAUUCAAUCCAUUCGAAAUGGGGUCCUGGGAUCCUACUUUGAACGCCUUUACUGAUGUUAAAUAUCUAGGUACCAAUGUUACUGAUGGUAAACCAAAUGUAACGGGAAAAUGUGUAGCUGGUUUCGAUAAUACUGGGUUUAUCCUGGGAACAUCUUCAAGUUUAUUCAAUCAAUUCUUAUUACAAUUGAAUACAACUGGAUUACCAGAUUUUAUCCAAGAUAUUGCAAGACAUUUCUUGAUUGACCUUUCUGACAAUUCUAAUGAUAUUGCCUUAUACGCUCCAAACCCUUUCAAAGACACUAAAUUUGUCAAUAGAACAUACUCAAAAUCAUUAGUUGAUUCAGAUAUACUAUAUCUGGUAGAUGGUGGGGAAGAUUUAGAAAAUAUUCCUUUAGUACCACUUUUACAAAAAGAACGUGAUGUAGAUGUUAUCUUUGCAUUAGAUAACUCUGCUGAUACAAAUCAAUCUUGGCCUAAUGGUACUUCUCUUGUAUACACAUAUGAAAGACAAUUUGUUGAACAAGGUAUUGAUAUCUCUUUCCCUUAUGUCCCAGACCAAAACACUUUUGUUAAUUUAGGCUUAAACAAAAGACCAACCUUUUUCGGUUGUGACUCGCAUAAUAUGACAAACUUAUCUUCAAUCCCACCAUUAAUCGUUUAUAUUCCAAAUUCCUACCACUCUUUUGAGAGUAACACAAGUACAUUUAAGAUGUCCUAUAGUACAAAGGAAAGGCGUUCAGUGGUUCAGAAUGGAUUUGAAGCUGCUACCAUGAAUAAUUUGACAGAUGAUUCUCAAUUUAAGGCAUGCAUUGCUUGUGCUGUGAUUAGAAGACAACAAGAAAAGAAUGGAUAUAAUUUACCAUUAGAAUGCGAAGGAUGUUUCAGCAGAUAUUGUUGGAACGGCACAAUUGCAAACCAAACAGUGAAUAUACCAAUUAACACAACUGCUAUGUCAAGCUUUUCUACCAAGAGCGUGACAAAGACAAGUAGUACUUCUACAAGUACAAAGACUGGUUCAUUUUGGGAUGAUUGGUUUUAA